AAAACUCUUUCUUUCUUGAUUUAUAGUUCACAUUCACACUAUUAUAGUUUAUAUCGUUUGAGGUAAAUUUAAAGCAUGGAACGUAAGGCUUGUGCUGAGGUGGUGAGGGGACAAGUUUUUGAUGUUGGACCAAGAUAUUUAAACUUGUCAUAUAUUGGAGAAGGAGCCUAUGGAAUGGUUGUGUCUGCAAUGGACACAUUCAAAGGAACAAAAGUGGCUAUCAAGAAAAUUAGUCCAUUCGAGCAUCAAACUUACUGCCAGCGUACUUACAGAGAAAUCAAGAUAUUGCUCAGUUUCAACCAUGAAAAUAUUAUUACGAUCAAAGACAUCAUUCGGUCUGCCAAUAUCGCAAACAUGAAAGAUGUACACAUAGUGCAAGAUUUGAUGGAAACCGAUCUUUACAAACUGCUAAAAACUCAGCAUUUGAGCAACGAUCACAUUUGUUACUUCUUGUACCAAAUCUUGAGAGGAUUGAAAUACAUUCAUUCAGCUCAUGUGAUUCACCGUGAUUUGAAGCCGAGCAAUUUGUUGCUAAACACCACUUGCGAUUUGAAGAUCUGUGAUUUUGGACUUGCACGUGUAGCAGAUCCGGUACAUGAUCAUACUGGAUUCCUCACUGAGUAUGUUGCAACUAGAUGGUACCGUGCCCCAGAAAUUAUGCUCAAUUCAAAAGGCUACACCAAGUCUAUUGACAUCUGGUCUGUAGGUUGUAUCCUUGCUGAAAUGCUCUCCAACCGUCCACUGUUUCCUGGAAAACACUACCUUGAUCAGCUCAAUCACAUAUUGGGUAUUCUUGGAUCACCUUCACAAGAGGAUCUCAAAUGCAUCAUCAAUGAUAAAGCUCGUGCUUAUCUCCUCUCGUUGCCACACAAACCGAAGAUUCCUUGGCAAAAACUCUUUCCUAAGAAAGAUGCCAAAGCCCUUUGUCUUCUUGAUAAGAUGUUGACAUUCAAUCCAAAUAAACGAAUCAGCGUGGAAGACGCACUUGGUCAUCCCUACCUUGAACAAUAUUAUGACCCAGAGGAUGAACCAGAGGCAGAAAAACCCUUUACUUUCGCAGAGGAAUUGGAUGACUUGCCGAAAGAGAAAUUGAAGGAGAUGAUAUUCAAGGAGACUGACCCAGCCAAAUUUGAAGGGCCCCAUCCUACUGAUGACUAAGAAUUAAUUACAUGAUUUGGAGCAUCAAUUCUUCUGAUCUGGUAUCAUAUGUUUGAUUCGAGCACUGCACUGCCGUUUACUCGACAGAAUCCAUGCUCUUCCUUACCAACUCUUGUUGUUUAACAUCGCUAUAUAUUCUCCUUUUUUUUCUUGUUAGAAGUUGUAUUUUAUAUUUUGACAUCACAAUGCUACAACUACUUUUUUCGAUGAAUUCAAUUGUUCAAUUUUUGUCAUAGCAUUGUGAAUAUGCAUAGUCAAAGAUAACCAAGAAUUUCUUUGAUUUGACUCAAGAGUGAACCUUUAUAAGUUCCAACCAAAAAAUGUAAUCAUUGUUGUCAAGUUUGUUUAAAUAUUAUGUCUUUAUCAUAGUUUUCUGCAUGAAAUUAUGUUUUUGUUUCCAUCGAGUUCCUGAUAUUAAUUUUAUGUAUGUCAAAAUCUUGAUACAGUUUCAACUUUUGCACUGUCUAAUGAAAUUCAACAUAAUCUUAUUACCGGUGUAUGCUUUUUUAAAUUUUUUGUUGCUAAAAUAAUUUUUGCUAGCCGGAUCGGCCAAAAUUGGUGUUCUAAAUUUCGGAUCAUCUAAAGCCGUUCAUAAGUUUUCAUUUCAGUAAUGAGAAUGAAAGCAUUUUAAUGUAGUAACAAACUACAUCAGACUCAGCAUAAGCAUGAGGAAAAUUUCACUUUUUUUGUCAGUUCACAUACCCCUGCUAUAUUCAAAUAUAGUUUCAUCAUAUUAAAAUCUAAUAAACUAUCAAAUUGUUUCCUCACACAAUUUGGUGCUUAUAUUGUUGACUUUCAAAACAUGCUGGUACCUCAUCUCAUUAUUGACACUAGGUGAUUACCUAACCAAUCCCCAAAAUAUUUGUCUUAUAUGCAUUCAAGUGUGAGUUAAUGAAUAGCUUUUUUAACAGCCUAUAUUUUAAUAAAGUAGUAAGCUAAAACAAUUUGAUUUCGACCAGUUAAUAGUACAAUAAAAAACAAAUCGAUAUUUUUAAAAAUAUUGGCUUGAAAGUAUUCAAGUAACGGUCAUAAACUCGUUAGAAAGUACAGCAAAUACCGAUCUCGCUCACUGGUUUAUGAUUUUGUGGAGUCAACUUUAUUUUGUCUAGAAGUGGCCCAAGUACCAGGGAUGGCCAAAACUGAAUAAUUCAUCUUCCUGAAAAUGAAAAAAAUUUUAAAAAAAACAUAAAAUAGGUGGAAUAUGUUCUCUCAAUUGGCUCAUAUUCAAUAGGAGGAUUCAUGCAGAAAUGUACAUUUAAGAUAUAUACGAGUAUUUAAAAAAAAAAUUGGACUGAUUACGAGUUAUUUUCUAUUACAUACAAAUAUCGAGCGUUACUUCAAGCCUUUUUAAUCCACCCAUGUCUUGCAUGCUUAAAUGGCAUUUCAAGGAUUUUUUCAAUGUUCUCAAUUCUUGCUUUAUUUCCAGAAGAAUAUGUUAUAUGGAAUACAACCAACCUUGAACAUCUGAUUUGUUUUGGACAUCCCUGGACCCAACCCAACCUAUACAUUCCAUUUUAGUAAUAAAUAUAAUGCUAAAGGAUGUUUUUCAUUACUUUGUAUUCACGAUAAUAGUAGUUGGAAUUUUUUGUUUUCAAUUUUCUGUAUAGCUAGCAAUUUUUUGUAUAUACAGUAUAUAUAUACAUAAGUAACAUAUAUAUAUAUACUGAAAUAAUCAGCUUUUUCAAUUAAUGAUUUUGUUUUUUGAUAUUAUGUUUAUGGUACAUAUACGUGCAGUAGGUAUAGAUGUGCUUUUGCUUUAUAAAAUUCUGCCCAAAUGUGACAAUCCAUGAAUAACAGUCGUCAAAAAGUCUUGCUUUGUAUCUUCACAGUGUCAGUGGUGGGCACAUUAGUUAGCAUCUGGGCAUAUCCUCGAAUGUUAAUGGAGGUCUUUUGUAUGUGCGGUAAAAUGUAAUCAACCACUAUAAUUGCGAUAUUUGAUUCAUGCAUGUUAGUCCUAAAAAGUUCUCGCCAUCUACAGUAAUGGUUCUCAACCUUUCAAAAAAGUGUCAAAGAAAAUCUUGGGACCAACCUAACGUUUAUUUAAUAAAAAUUUUGAGUAUCAAAAAAAUGUUUACAGUUAAAGCGGCAAUAAUCAAAGUAAUCCUUAUGCGUUGACCUUGGUUCAAUCUCAAGCGUAAAUAUAUCUUUUCAAUUUGUAAUUGAUGAUGCUUCUUUGGGACCUACUGUAGGUUCAUAAAAGUACUGGUUUACAGCCUUCGGCUUGCAAAAUUACAGCCCUGGGUUUAAAGGAAUAUUACGUGUUGAACCGUUGAAAGACGUACAAAGACAAAGGAGGUGCUUGUGGCCGCAUGUACAACCCACUGGUUCAACCUUUUGGGAAUUUUUCAAUAUUCUGCUGUUGGUUCAACCAGCUUUUCCUAGUCUGCAUUCAACAUUGUUUAUUCUAAUAGUAAUAGUAGACCUCAAUAAAUACCUUCUUCAAACUCAUGGUCCCCGUCACAUCAAAAUUUUGCAUAAUAUAUCCUACACCAUUCCAAGCAUUAUAGUCUUCAUAUUUACAAUUCUAUACACUGAAGUGAGUCAUAAUAAAUAAUCUUGGAAAGUCAAAUUCAUGUCAGAUUACAUCUACAUCAAUAUUAAUUUUACUUGAGAUUUAAAAUGAGCAUAAUUCACAAGAUGCUCACUUUGGCUGUAUUGAAAUUGUCCAAGUUUGUGAUUUUUAUAUCUUUAUAAAGAUUUGGAAGUACUGUAGUUAGGUGUAUGUAUGCUGUGUUUAGUAUGCCUUACUUAGGCCUAGACCGCUCCUGAUCUUUUUUCAGACCUGAAGAUUUGAGAUGGCUAAUAGUUGUUCACCACUGCACAUUUUUGUGAUGUGAUGUAGUAGUGUUGCUAACUGUAUCCACCACUAAUAAAUUUUGAUGUUUUUGCUUAUUUUUUUUACUAUUUUCUUGAUCUAUUCUAUAAUGAUAUGUUCAGGCAUUAUUGAUUCUCAUAGCCUGGUAAUUAUUAUAUUUUGGCAUAUUGAACAGAAUAUUGUUACGCAACGUAUUUAGUCAAAGUUGGUGUAGUAAUAAUUGCUGCCUUUUUAUUAAUACCACAGUAACAGUAUAGAGAAAUAAAUUAACCAAGCUAGUUUCCAAGCUGCGUUUAUUUUAAGCUCAUAAAUGAUUAAAAUAUGAUUAACUUCCAUUCAUCCAGCAGAUAAUUUUUUGAUAUACCUUCAUAUCAAAUAUCUUAGUUUUUGACCCUCUCAGGAUAACUUUAUUUUAAAUAUCAGAGUUGAUAUGAAAUAAAUACAGGACAUUCUCUGAAAAACAGUUGCUGAGUGCAAAAUACAAACAAAGAAUAUUCUUGUAUAUGCAUUUCUUAAAUAUCAUUUGGAUAAAUCACUCACAAUAAUUUAUUCGAUAUUUGUAUUCGUGUGGAGUUCUAUUAAAGCUUGUUUAACUUGAUAUGUUACCAGGCGAUUUGGCUUACUUUUUCAAUUUUUUUUUUUGAGGCAUAAGUAAAUCAGUAUAUUUUGUGUGCGUCACAUACUUCUCACAUUGUACAGUUUCCAGAAUCGACUGACGAAAUACAGCCUACGUAAGACAA